AAUGGAACAGCAACAACAGAUUUAGAUUGUAAGAAAUUUAUGGAUGAUUGUAUAACAUCAGGUAAAGGAUGUAUUACUGCCACAACUCCAUAUUCUGGUUAAUGGGAAAUUAAUAUGGAUUGAAAUUAUUAACAGGAAAUGGAACAAAAUGUGAUGCCAAAUAAUCAUUUUCAUCAUUGAAAGGUAAAUCUGCUGGUAAUUGAUGGAUAAAAUCAUGAUAUUUAUUUUUAUAACAAAAAGAGAGUUGGUAAAAUUUAUUAUUUUUUAGAUUCUUUUAAAUUGUG